AUGUCCACCCUCAUCUGGGCACCUUGGAGGAAGAAAGGCGCUCCGGGAGGCUUAGCGGAGGCCCGGCCAUCGGGGAGGGAAGGCACAGGGGAGCCGAGGCAUCGCUUCCCUCCGGGCGCUCGGGACUUCCGACCCUUUGGGAAGCGUCAGGGCGUUGUCAGGCAACCGACUCCCAACAGCACCCGAGGAGGCAGGGGCGAGCGACUCGAGACUCACCAACGCACCGCCCCCGGGCUGGGGAACUGCCGUCCCUGCAACCCAGGCACCGCCCCGGACCGGCUGCCGCGAGACCCCGCUGGCAGGGAACCCUCACCUCCAACCCGUGUAACCUCCUUACCGCCGCCAGCUCGACUACCUACCUGCCUCCCCCGUCCCGCUCCGCGGGCCCGAGACGAGCCCCUCGCCCGGCAAGAACCCCUUCACCGCCCGGCCCCUGUAACUCGGGCACCGCUGCCGGCCGGGUCGCCGCCAGACCCUCGCCCCAGGUCCGCGAUUCCGGCUCGGACACCCUCACCUCCACCUCACCCUAGGCCUCACCCUGCCGUGCCUGCUCCCCACCUGCGGCCAGCUGACUCAGACCAGCAGGCUCGCGUCUUGGGAGACGCACAGCGUCCAACUAAGGUUCUUAGCGGUUCCCAGAGGUGGCCGCGGCCUCCUGGCGCGCGAACACAGUCACACUCAAGCCGGCCGGGACUCCGCCUCUCAGGCUGGGCUCUCCGCCCGCCUUUCGCCAACGGCCAGGCGCAGCCCCGCCUCCAGAGCGGCCGCUUCAGAAGACCGCGCGGCCGAGGGCGCCCCCUGCCUGCCCGGAGGACGCACAGCCACCCACCUGCGCCCAGGGUUUUGUUAAACUUUGGGAGUCGCUUCCCAAAUUGA